AUGUCCAAAAAUCGCAUCCUCCUCUGGACAGCCCCACGGUGCGUCUCAACAGCGUUUGAGAGAUCGAUUAUGAAUCUAAAGAACUCAAAAAUCUUUCACGAGCCGUACUCACAAGCGUUCUACUUCGGUCCAGAAAAGCAAAGUGCCAGAUAUGCCGCCCAAGAAACAAAACAACAAGCGACCUACCGAUCGAUCAGCAAAAUGCUGCAAAAGGAGUACGAUGGCAGAGAUUUCGUCUUCUCCAAGGAAAUGGCCUACUGCGUGGAAAAUAAAAUGGACAUUUUUGCAGAAGAAGGUUUCAAGAACUUUCAACAUUCAUUCCUCAUUCGUCACCCUCUUAAAGCUGUCUAUUCCUUGUACAGAGCCUCCACCAACCCGAAACUCACAGGAUGGGAUUACUUUGACCCCGCAGAGGCGGGCUUUCGUCAAAUGCUCGAGUUGUAUGAAUUUGUCGACAGAAAUAUUCACGGCAAUCCCGUCGUCGUAGACGCUGACGAUCUCUUGGAUUAUCCCAACGGAAUUUUACAGAGUUAUUGUGAAGCAGUUGGUUUGGAGUAUGAAGAGACCAUGACAUCGUGGGAACCGGGUCCUGUGCCUGAAUGGGACGUCUGGGCAGGGUGGCACGAAGACGCUUUGAAAAGCACUGGGUUUAAACCAAGAGCCAAGAAGAACAAGCCUCACGCAUUCACUGCGUUCGAUUUAGAAGAGCUUCCCCCUGAGGUGGCUGCUGUGGUAGAAGAGUGUAUGCCGUACUAUGAAACACUAGCAGCUAAAAAGAUCUCACCAAAAAGUAAUGAACAAUGCUAA